GUGAAGCUCAGUUGACACGAAGCGUUCAAAAUGGGCGACAAACUAUAUAAUAUUGCGAGAGUACUGUUGGCAUACCUGGUUUGCUGCCACCAAGAGAAAUCAUCCACAUCAUCAUCAACAACAACAUCCACGACAACAUCAACGAAAACAGUACAUGUUGCAGUCGGAGCAGGCAAACUUAAAGGAGGGGAGGCUCAUUAUAGUCCAGAAGAUGUAGGUGUGAUAGUUGGGACAGUUGUCGCAGAAGUGAUAAUAUUACUUGGAGCCGCGGCUGUUUUAUUUGUCUUGUUUCGUAGAGGCAUUCUGCAUAGAUUUUGGAAGAAAAGACAAUCUGGUGAUACAGUUGACGUGGAUGUUACGGAAAGCAACAACGAAUACGCCUUGCUAGACAUAAAAGAAGUUAAAAGUAAGGAAGACACUUACACAGAACUCCGAGGAAAGAUGACAUCAUUGGACAUACCGCCAGGAGAGAUAAGACUGGACGAGAAGAUUGGAGAAGGACGUUUUUGGGAGGUUUGGAAGGGAGAGGCAAUUAUUAGAAAGAAGGCACGCACGGUGGCCGUCAAACGUGUCAAAGACCAAUCCUCAGAGAAAGAUGAACUCGUUUCAAGCUUUGAGAAGGAAAUACAGACAAUGAAAACACUUUCUCCUCACCCACACGUUGUGAUGUUUUAUGGAUCUUCUCAACAGAAUGGUGCCUCACUCAUGGUCCUAGAAUUUAUGUCCAAUGGGAAUCUGAAGCAGCUGUUAAGGAACAGUCGUGGCACUGGUGAAUACUCUAACCUUCAUGGCCUCAGCAACACGCUGACGUCACAACAACUGAUGACGUUUGCCUUCCAAGUGGCAAGCGGGAUGACAUACGUGGCAAAACAUAAGUUACUCCAUCGUGACCUUGCCACCAGGACCGUGUUGUUAGAUGACCAGCUGACCUGUAAGAUAUCGGACUUUGGACUGUCCAAGGACAUCAGCCAGAGCAGGGAACAUGAGUACAAUACAAUGGUAAACUUCUUAAUACUGGCUUUGUUCACAUGGAAAAAAUGA